AUAAUAGAAACCGCAUAAACAGUUAAUCCACAGGGUAUAAUCGUGUUGUUUUUGGUAACUUUACAGGGCUUAGUUACUAAAUUCGUAAAUGAAACAAUCGUGUAAAUAGUUCUGCUUCAGAACGAAUUAAAAUGCAAAAACAUUCCGCGCUAAAGGUGCUACCCAGCGCUUGUGCGGCACUUCGAUAGUAUGCGUGUGCACGUGCUGCGGUUCAUCAACACAAACAAAAAGCAAUCGCGAUUGUAAAUUACACAAUCCACCCCGCCGAGAAAGGUAAUGGUUCCAGCGUAGUCUAGAUCCACUUCAUUCACCGCACACGCUUUCGCCUGGAACGCACACGGCACGCGCUCGGUACAAUUUGCAAAUCAUUCCUCGUGUGACGCUUUCGUCCAGCUUCCUUAGCAAUGUCGUCGAUCAAGCUGCAUAGCAGUAUAUUCCAUCCAACGCUACGAAAACUGCAGUGCCAGGAUGUGGCGAUUGAAGCGCACAAUCUGAUGUAUCCCGUGUUUUUAGUUGACGACGAUGAAGCUGUUCAGCACAUUCCAAGCAUGCCGGGAGUUUCCCGUUACGGUAUCACCACCCUGCUUGCUCACCUACAACCAUUGGUGACGAAAGGGCUCCAAUCGAUUCUACUGUUCGGUGUGGUCGACAAUCUGCCUAAGGACUCCAUCGGUUCGGGAGCCGAUUGCGCCACAAAUCCGGUGAUACGCGCACUGCCCCGACUACGUGCCGCCUUCCCCGAUCUGUUGAUUGCGUGCGACGUGUGCCUAUGCCCGUACACCGACCACGGUCACUGUGGUGUAUUGACACCGGACGGUGUUAUCGACAAUGAGCCCAGCAUAAAGCGCAUCGCUGAAAUUGCCCUGGCGUAUGCAAAGGCAGGUGCCCACAUUGUUGCACCGUCCGACAUGAUGGACAAUCGCAUUUACGCGAUAAAGCAAAUGUUACGCGCCAACAACCUAGAUAACCGGUGUUCGGUGCUGUCGUACUCGGUCAAGUUUGCGUCCGGCUUCUAUGGACCGUUCCGUGAUGCGGCCAAAUCAGCCCCUGCAUUCGGCGAUCGGAAAUGCUACCAAUUGCCACCGGGAUCGAAAGGCAUUGCCAAACGGGCGGCGAAACGUGACGUCGAGGAAGGUGCCGACAUGCUCAUGGUAAAGCCCGGUAUGGCUUAUUUAGAUAUUGUGAAGCAAGUAAAGGACGAAUAUCCCGAACUGCCGCUGUUUAUCUACCAGGUAUCGGGAGAGUAUUCGAUGCUGCUAAAUGUGGGAGAAAUUGGUGCCUUUGAUUUGAAGACUGUUCUGUGGGAAGUGCUGGUAGGUAUGCGCCGUGCCGGUGCCGACUGUAUCAUAUCCUACUUUACACCACUCGUGCUCGAUUGGUUGAAGAAAUAAUUUAUCUCGUUUUGUUAGAAAUGGUUAGGUGUUGGGACAAAGCUCUAUUUUACAUUAAUUACAUUGGAAAUGAAUCUACUGGAAUCGAAACAAAUGCGAUUUAUUUUAUCAAUUUCACGAGUGAUAUAUCAUAAUGAAUGCGACAACCCAUACUCGGGAUGACACCCACUUGGCAGAAAUCGCAUGAGAGGGGGGAAAUUUCUUCAUUCUCGCUACCCCUGACCCUCACUUUCGAGCGAUCGUACGACAAACUCUCACUCCACCACCCUACCUCACUCACACACGCUCCUAUAUUCUAUGUAAACCCUCACCGCAACCUGCGUCACCAACCCACCCCACACCUGAACGGUCCCAUACUCGAAGUGUUAGACAAUUUUGGUUCCACACUUUGAAGCCUGUCGAGGAGUGUGGCACUAUAUUUUUUUUCGCUGUCUCCUUUCUUUCACUGCAAAAUUGCUUUUGCCCUGUCUUUGGCGUAUUCAUAUGACUUUGGCCUUUGCUGGAGGCGGAGGUGUGUGCGCAAGCGUUAUCGUGUUUUGUGAAGUGAUUCUUUGCUCCGUGAAUCCCAUCGAGUCGAUCAGCUGAUGGAAAGAGUUUGGCCGUGAAGCGGAAAGGGUGAAACCGGAGUUAAACCGCAGGAUGGCAGGACAAAUCACAUCGAGAGAGAGUGCUGAAUACUCGCCGUCUUGAGAGAAACCUCUGCCGAACAUAGGAACCCCAUCCCACCGUCCGCUUCGCAGAACGCCGGCAGUUUUUUUUACCUGUUCGUCCAGCGACCGCUUGCGCAUGAUGAGCGUAGGUGCAAUAAAAAAAGGGAUCGUA